CCGACUUGACAGACAAAAGAAGCGAACCCCUGCGCGAGCGUAGAGCGAAUCGAGCUCACCCAAGCAGUGGUUGGUGUCUGCUCUUCAUGCUGAAACGUGCACAUAUUUGAGGGCGAGAAAAACCGUGGUGGAGCGCAGUGACUGCGGCUGAACUGCAGCAGAUCCAGGGAGAGAAGCCUGUUUGCAUUGCCCUGCAGGUGCAAGACAAUGGAUGUGAAAAUAGAUCAGCAGGACGACGACAUCACAUUCAGCAGCAGUGACACUAACAGUAAACGCCCAGCUGAGGACAUGGAUGAGGAGCAGGCCUUCAAACGCUCACGCAAUGCAGAUGAGAUGGUGGAGCUCCGUGUGCUGCUUCAGAGCAAAAAUGCUGGUGCUGUUAUUGGAAAGGGUGGGAAGAACAUAAAAGCCCUGCGCACAGACUACAAUGCCAGUGUAUCAGUCCCAGACAGCAGUGGCCCAGAGCGGAUUUUGAGUGUGAAUGCCAGCAUCGACAUUAUUGGAGAGAUUCUGUUGAAAAUCAUACCAACUCUAGAGGAGUACCAGCAUUAUAGUGGGAUUGAUUUUGACUGUGAACUUCGCCUGCUAAUCCAUCAAAGCUUGGCAGGGGGCAUCAUUGGGGUGAAAGGUGCCAAGAUAAAGGAGCUGAGAGAGAACACCCAGACCACCAUCAAGUUAUUCCAGGAGUGCUGUCCACACUCCACCGACAGAGUCGUCUUGGUGGGAGGAAAGCCGGAACGUGUCAUUGAAUGUAUCAAAGUUAUCCUGGAGCUGGUGUCUGAGGCACCAAUCAAAGGUCGCGCUCAGCCGUAUGACCCCAACUUCUAUGAUGAGACGUACGACUAUGGAGGGUUUACCAUGUUAUUUGAGGAGCGAGGCAGACGACCCAUUGGUGGGUUCCCCAUCCGAGUGCGUGGGGGCUUUGAGCGAAUGCCCCCUGUUCGUGGAAACAGACCCUUGCCUCCUUCCAGAAGGGACUAUGAUGACAUAAGCCCUCGCCGCGGUCCUCCGCCACCGCUGAGCAGAGGUGGACGAGGUGGCAGCCGCGCACGUAAUCUGCCUCUUCCCCCGCCUCCACCGCCAAGAGGAGGGGGUGACAGGUAUUCACAUGGCAGUUACCACAGCAGCAUGGACGACAGACCAAGUGACAGAAGAAGCAGAGGAGGAGACCGAUAUGACAGCAUGAGUGGAGGCGGAUAUGACAACAAUUCUUCCUGGGAGCGCUUUCAGUCUGGGGGUAGAGGGUCAUACAGCGAUAUCGGAGGCCCAGUCAUCACAACGCAAGUCACCAUACCUAAAGAUGUAAGAAGGGCAUCUUUGGCUGGCUCCAUCAUUGGGAAGGGUGGCCAGAGGAUCAAGCAGAUCCGCCACGAAUCUGGGGCAUCUAUCAAGAUUGAUGAGCCACUAGAGGGCUCUGAGGACCGCAUCAUCACCAUCACAGGAACACAGGACCAGAUCCAGAAUGCCCAGUACCUGCUGCAGAACAGUGUGAGGCAGUACUCUGGACGGUUCUUCUAAAGAGAAGGAAGCAAAGAAGAGGAGUGAAGCCAUGCUGCCAAACGGUUUGCUCCUUCUAUUCAGAGCCUACAUUCCUCUGCUUUGGGUAGAUGUGCGUGCCUCCUCCCCUCACUAUCACACACUACACCACCUGUCUGUUGGUUUGGAAUUUUAUUAAGAGGAGUUUUGGAAAAUCUUAAGCUGUCAAACAGCAAAAAAACAAACAAAAAACAUAUUCGACAACAUAUUUUUGUGCUGGUGUAAUUAUUUUCUGGGACAUUUCUUGUGCCAUCAUUGGAGUAAACUCAUAAAUGUGAUAACUCUGUGUUGUGAGCCGCCCCUGGCCCUUAUCGCCCUCAUUUUAGUACAGCAUGCAGAAUGUAAUCUUUUUUUCUUAAUUUUUUUUUUCUUUUCUUAAGGAACAUUGUGUGAUUUUUAUUUGUUCUUGUUUUAUUGUUCCUCAAAUGUAGAUGCACCCUCUCCCAAUAGAGAUGCAUGGUCUCAAAAAAUGGUUAAAGAGCCAUUUAAAUAAAAUAUACUUUUUACACAACAUCCAACACAAUUUUACACUUUAAAAUGAAGUGGCUUUUUUGUAAAAAAAAAUGGGCUUUAAAGGAGAUGUUUGACAUUUUAGGAAAUAUGCUUGUUCACUUAUUCUCUUGGGCGACGUUUGCAAAGAUAAACCUCAGACUCUGAAUUACUAUUACAGUGAGACUCUGAAUUCAUACCCAUACUAUAUGUUUUCUACAUAGUCUUGUGUAGUAGUCUAGUAAAAUAUCGGUUACAAUGAGUCCUUCCAGGUUUCAUCUCCAUGCCCUGACUUGUAGAAGGAUUCCAUCAUAACCCAUUUAAAGACCUGAUCAGCAACAUUUAGCUCGGUAUUAAGUGGUAUCUUAUCUGUGCUUCCAUUUUUAUUUUUUUUUGUCAACACACAAAUCUAAAUCUGGGUCAUGUUAUGAAGUCGUGGAUGAGCUGUGCGGCUGCAGCCAACCGUUAAUUGCAUACAACUGGGUGAUAAAUGAAAGGAGAAAAAUCAAUGUCGGGUGUCUUAAGUAAAGUGUUGGUGCGUGACAUGCUGCCAGAGCAGCUUCAGUCUCUACACCAUUCUUUCCAAAGAUAUUCCUUCAUUUGGUGUUGUGAGAAUGAAGAUGGAGAGCACUUCCAUAGAUGUGGAACCACAUGUGAAGGUCACAGCAGAUGAUUCAUGUCAUGUUCACACUCAUCAAAACAGUCAGUGACCCCUGUUGCAUUAUGGGGAAGUGAUUGUCAUCCUGUUUCACUAGUCAUACUCCAGACUGUACAUCUUUGUUUUUGUUUUUAAAAAAUCAAUUCAUGGAUCAUUGUUUACUUUUUAUUUUAUUUUAUUUUAAAUCAAUUACCCCAAGUAUUGAUAAACUAUGUGCCUUUUGCCCCUUCAUUGGCUUCAUUGUUUAUGUUUUUAGGAGUUUUUAAGGGAAUAAUGAAUCUGCAGUUGAAAAAAACAACUUUAGUUUAGCACAUCUAAUCUUCAUUCUGGAGACAAAUAUUGGUUCAAAUGCUUUCUGAGUCAGGUACUUUUCUUUAAUGUCAUUCAACAAUGCUUAAAAAUAAUCUCAUACAUACACAUACAGUAUAUGAGCUUGGACAAAAGCCCCUCUCAAAUAAAACACCUCAUGUCCACAGUCUCCCUGUUCAGUCUCAAUGAGACCUAGGCCUUGUCAACAGUAGUAUCUUUAAAAUAAUAAAAAAAAGUUAAUUCUCUGCCUCAAAAUGAAUAAACAGCUUUCCCAAAAUGUCUAACUUUAGCUUUAAGUUUGGCUUAAUGUGCCAAUGUGUUAUAGUAGAAAUAAUUGUAUUAAGAAUGUUUGCUUUUCACCGAAAGUAGCUGUAUAAAGUGUGUCCGUGUGUGUGUAGAUAUAGAUAUACUGUAACUAUCUUCCCACACACACACAGAUGAUAUUUACCCAGACAAAGGUAAAGUCACGAGUGCUUAGAAUGGUCCAGACUACUUUCUACUUUCUUGGAAGGAUGUGGAGCCAAAGGACAGGUUUGUUUGUCUUUUUUUUCCUGACUGGUUUAUUUUCUACCACUCACCUGGCUGGACUCGCUGUAAUACAACCUUUAUAUCGCUCCUGUCAGAGCCUGUUUCUCUUGCAUACGUGUUUUUUUUGUUUAAUUUGUACGCUUUUUUUUCUUUUUAAAUGUGUCCUCCUGGGAUACAGUAGAAUGUGAGCAGCUCUUUGAGUCCAUGAGUGGUGUUUUAGGUCUGGUCUAUUAUAUCUAUCUCCGUGUCUGAUAUCUGUAUCUACAGGUGUUUACUAAAUAAAAGUCUGUUACGGUUCA